AUGUUGAGUGCCGCACGCACUGCCGGAAAGCAGCCGUUCUACCACAGUGUGGUGGUCGGCGGAGGCCCCGGUGGCAUCGCCGUUCUCGGCAACAUCUUAGAGAACGCCCCUGGGCAGCGCGUGCUCUGGAUCGACCCUCACUUCAAGGGCGGUCGCGUCAAUGCUAGCUACCGCGAGGUGCCCAGCAACACAAAGGUCGAUCUCUUUGUCAAGUUUGCUAACGCCGUCACCCCGCUGGAGCAAAUUGUCAGGUCAACGGCCAAGCCCAAUGCCGUGACCGCCCUCGAAGCCCUGCCCCAGGAUCAAGGCUGCACCCUUGGCUAUGCGGCAGACUUAUGUCUGAUGCUGAGCGAUGGAAUUCCGCGUCAAUUCCCCACGGUGCAGCAGCGGUUGGGCGAGGUUGCCGAUGCAGUGCUAAAGCAGGGGCCUCAGGGCAAUCUCUGGACCGUCGGCCUCAGGGGGGGCACGUCAGCAGUAACACCGCGACUCAUUCUGUGCACGGGCUCUCACCCGAUCCCGAAUGAGAAGCAGUCUGAUUCGCCAGACGAGCCGGAGCCUCUUCACCUCGAUGUUGCUCUCACUCCGUCUAUUCUGGCCAGGACGAUCGAUUCCCAGGCGCCGGCGACCGUCUCCGUGGUGGGCGGGUCGCACUCUGCCAUCUUGGUGCUCAUGAACCUGUAUAAACUCGCCACCACUAGCCAUCCGCACCUCAAGGUCAAGUGGUUCACCCGCCACGAGAGCCUGCGGUAUGCCGUAUAUAAGGAUGGCUGGAUCCUGUAUGACAACACCGGUCUCAAGGGCCAGGCUGCCGCGUGGGCGCGCGAGAACCUGGAUAAGGACGUCUUCCACUCCAGCCCCGUCUCAGGCGUCGUUCAGCGAUUCGUAACGCCACCCGGUGAGCAGGAGCAGAGGAUAUACGAGCAGGAGUUGCCGGGCUCUAGCCACGUCGUGAGGGCCAUCGGCUACGCGAGGAACCCGAUACCGAAACUGUUCUCUGAAGGCGCUGACGGCGCGGCACCCACUCCCUUGGCUGUCGAGCACGACAGCGAGACUGGCCGGUUCUUCUCCAGCCCAGAGACACAGACCAGGAGGGAGCAUGUUCCCGGCCUCUUCGGCGCCGGCAUUGCUUUCCCUGAGAGGAGGGUGGACCCUUAUGGCAAUGUUGAGUAUGCCGUUGGAUUCUGGAAGUUCAUGACCUUUUUGCAGAAAGCUGUUCCUAGCUGGCUCAAGGACGAUUAA